GCCCCGUCCACAGAAGGAGAAGAGGCCAAGGAGGAAGGCAAAGAAGAGGAUGAAGGUGGUGAGAAAAAGGAGAUUGCCAAAGCCCCUACGCCCCCCGACGCGCUGCUUACCAGCGAUGAGGUGCAGCGACUUCUGGCAACAGUGCGCUUCCCCCACUUGGAGCACAAGGACCUUUUGACCGCAAUGAAGGAUCCUAUCCUCGCAGAGGCGGGCGCUCAGCAGCACAUCCUCGCAGCGCUGUCCUCCCGGUUGUCGCAGUAUGAGGCCGUGGACGGUGCCACCACCUCCGCCCAGCCGCGGCCGUCGACUUUACGCAGAAGACCCCCAGCCCCAGGCCCAGGUUCACCGCGUGCGCCACCGCCGCCUCCAAUGGAGGAGGAGUCUGGGGCACAAAGCCCGCUGCGAAGCACGCUGGGCCGAGGCACGCAGCUGGGGGUCUCUGGCGUCGCCCUCUUCCCAUGCAGCGUCUGCAACGGUCAAGGCCGGAUGCAGCUCCGCCAUGUGGGCGACCGCUGGUCAGCACGCUGCAGCCGCCACGCGAGCUGCGGAAACACACAGUGGCUACCGAGUUGCGUAGUGGCGGCUGCUGUGGAUGGCCAUUGCGGACCUUGCGCCUUGCGCAUGGGGGCUGAG